AUGGUCCCACCACCCCCUUCUAACAAGCCGCACGUUUGCCUUUCGUGUGUGCUCAUCAUGAGUAGCAUGGCGCUGCUGGAUGCCUACCUUGUGGAGCAGAAUCAAGGCCCACGGAAGGUGGGCGUCUGCAUUAUGGUGAUGGUAGGAGAUGUGUGCUUUCUCAUCGUGCUUCGGUACAUCGCGGUAUGGGUUGGUGCUGAGGUUCGAACUGCUAAACGUGGCUACGCUAUGAUUCUCUGGUUCUUCUACGUCUUUGUGCUUGAGAUAAAGGUCUACUUCGUCUAUCAGAACUACAAAGCAGAAGGCGACAGGGCGGAUGCUCUGACCUGCAAGGCUUUAACGGUGCUCCUUUCCGUGUUCAUCCCAGGACUUUACGUGACUCUGGCGGCCAUCGACCACAUGGAAUACGUUCGUCCCCUCAAGAAGAGAGAAGAAUUGAGGAGUCGACUGUUUUGGGUAGUGGUGGAUCUCCUCGACAUUUUGGACAUCCAAGCCAGCCUUUGGGAACCUCAAAGAAAAGGGCUCCCCCUAUGGGUGGAGGGUCUUACUUUUUUCUACUGCUACAUACUACUUCUAAUCCUCCCAUGUGUGUCGCUGAGUGAAAUUAGCAUGCAAGGUGUGAAUAUUGUGCCGCAUAAGAUGUUGUUGUAUCCCAUUCUCAGUUUGGUCGCCAUUAACUUUAUUACAAUUCUUAUACGAGGAGGGAAUAUGGUGUUUUAUAGGGAUAUACGAGUUUCUGGAAUACUGAUGGGUAAGAAUGUUCUUGCCAUUGUACUUAAGACGUGCAGCUUUGUGCAGUACCGGAGGCACCUGCAGGAGGCGCCAACUCCCGCUCUGGCUCCGGAACUACAGAGGGACGCAAUGCCACAAAGUUCUCGAGUGGCAGUGCCGGUCGCAAUGCCAAUGACCGUCAGCAUGCCACCACCACAGGUGGUCAUACAAGAUCUAACCACCCUUCCAGAAGAGCCAGAACUUGAGGAAACAUGA